GGCUUGACAGCACACACACAAUCUAGGUAACAAUCUAGGUUCUACCAAUGGAAGGAAAGAUGCUCUCUGAAAAUCUUUGCUAUUUCUUUUGGGACUUAAAGAAUAUUUCUGAACCUGAAAACGUUCCUGCAAGCAAUUCUAGUCCACUGGCAAUCACAUAUACCAGCUUUGUGGUGGCCAUGAUUUGUUGCAUUAUUGGAUUAAUAAGCAACGUUAUUGUCAUCUAUAUUACUGGGUUCGUAAUGAAGGAAAAACGAUCUAAUAUUUGGUUUUUACAUUUAGCUGUUGCAGAUUUUCUCUUUUUGCUUUUCUUACCUUUCAAUGCUCUUUCUGAGUUUAAUGGUAGUUGGCAGUAUGGGUCCCAUCUGUGCAAAAUGUAUCAUUUCCUUUCCAGUUGUAAUAUAUAUGCCAGUAUUUUUAUCAUUACUGCCCUAAAUAUUGAUCGUGUUUUGUCUGUUGCUAAACCCAUUUGGCAUCGCAAGUUCCUAUCUCCAAAAGUUUAUUUUUGGACCUGCACAUCAAUUUGGAUAAUUACAGUACUUGGAAGUCUUCCGGCAGCAUUUUUUAGUGAUGAGUAUGAAAUUGGAGGAGAAACCCAGUGCCUUCUCGGCUAUGUUGGGCAUAAUACCCAGCAUAAGGGGCUAAGUGAACACACUGAGUGGAUUGACAUUCAACAAAACCAUACAUUGUUUAAUAAAAGUGCAGAGGACCCAACAAUAUAUUAUGGUGAUUUACAAGGCCUCUCUUUUAGUUAUUAUAAUGGAAGCAAUGAUACACAAGCAGUAGGAUAUUCUCCAGUACCAAACUUUUUAAAUACUGUAAAGUACUACUUUUUUACUACUUUUGAGGAGCACAUUUUUUAUGCUCUUCCUCUGUACAGACAACAAUGUAAAAGUAAUGAAUGCUGUGCUACUGAAGACAAGUUAACAAAAUGGAACCAGAUGUUGUUCACUACAGAGAGACUUACAAUUCCUCUUAUAAUUAUUGGUUACUUUUUCCCUCUGUUUGUUAUUCUAUUUUCCAAUCUAACAAUUACCAUAAAAGUAAGACAUUCCCAAACUGUAAACCCUUCCAGGCUAUAUAGGAUUGUAGUUACUGUGGUUUUGGUUUAUUUCCUAACAUGGACACCACUGGUCAUAGCAGAGAUAAUUUUCCUGGUGGCUGCUCGUAAUAUGGAUUUUUCACUACUGUUUAAUAUCAGUAUGAUUCUGCCCUUACUCACCAGUAUAGCUUAUUCUAACUGCUGUCUUAAUCCUAUCAUGUAUGUGCUGGUUGGCAAAAAUGUAAAAAGUGUACUUAGAGAUUCUAUGUACAGUAUUUCACAAAGUUUUUCAAAGCAUUCAUUUUCUUUGUCAAAAUAA